CCGGAAUUCUGAAUUCUUGGCAGAUUUUGCAGCCUGGGUCUUCUCUAUUUUACUGUUUUCGCAAGGUUAUGCGUUAAAUCAAAAUCAUGGGAUGCCUAUUUCCAAAACCGAGUCACCAACGGCAGGAAAAUCAAGUUUCUGAGGAGAAGGUUUCUGAAGUAAUACAAAAUGAUGCCAAACCAUUUGAUCCAAAGGACUUUAUGUUCGAACGAAAAAAAGGUGAAAUCCUUGGUCGUAUGCCGGGAACGAUUCAUGGCCGACAGUUCAUGAUCAACAACUGUGAGGAUUGUACGAUAUACCUGUUCGAUCACAUCGCCACAAUCAUCAUCGAUGACUGUACCAAUUGUCGAUUCUUUAUUGGGCCAGUACAUAGCAGCAUUUAUAUCCGUGACUGUACAGACUGCAAAUUUGUGGUUGCAUGUCAGCAGUUUCGGACGCGGGACUGUAAAAAAGUGGAUACGUUUCUUGCCUGUGCAACACAGCCUGUGAUUGAGUCAUCAACAGGGAUGAAAUUUGGAUGCUUCCAGUAUUACUAUCCAGAAUUAGAAGACCAGUUCCACAAAGCCGACAUUAGCAUAUACAACAAUAACUGGAGCAGCGUCCAUGACUUUACGCCUGUACCUGGUGAAACAAAUUUCAGCCUAUUACCUGAGGAAAUCAAGAUAGAAGAUCGCGUCCCAUUACCUACCACAGAACCCUUUUGUAAACUCCGAAUAUCAGUGUCAAAGGACAAAAGUGUAAUACAGAAAACGUUGGGGUCAAGACGGAAUCCGUCAGACACAGAAGAGGGUUGUCUCAUUGUGUUUUUCAAUGAUGGAGGCCAGCAUUACAGAGCGAAGAAAUUUUUAGAACAAAUGAAAAAAUUUCCUAACUGUAGGCUUGUUCAGUGUAAAGAGCUUACUAUGCAACCGGAUGAUGCCAAGAGAGUUUUCGGUUCAGAUUCAUAUUCACAAGCUACAAAACAAGGUCCGGUCAUUGGUUUUGAAUUCACGGGUGACAACUGCAUCAAGCACUGCCAACAAACCGUCAUCGAGGUGCUGCAAGGAUCCACGGGAUUAGUGUUUGUCUCCUCGAACAAGAACACUUCACACCAACAGAUAGAAAACUUUUAUAACUAUGCCGACAUGCAGAUGGGCUGCUAGUUCAUGUGGCUGUUGCGGGACAUUGUUUUAUAGGCAUUGCAUCAGAUCAUAGUCAUUGUUCCAUUGUGCUUUAGCUGGAGAGAAGGCCCUUUAAAGGUUUGGAGCAGACAAUAUUUUUACGAGCUCGCUCGCUUUUUUACAAGGGCCCAAAUCCCGACAAAUUAUUUGGGUGACAAAUUUAUUGUCACCUGUGUGAACUUUGAUAGAUUUGACAUGCUAAACAUGUUGGUCUGUCCCAAAGUGACAGUGCUAGUAAGUAUACCGCUGUGAGAACAGACCUCCAGCCAGAAAGAAUGAUAUUGGAUCAUUUCAAUCUGAGGUAAUAGUCGGCUGCGUUGUAAAUCGGGACACGCUCCUACAGUGUCUAAAAAACACAACUUGUAAAAGUAUGCAAACUCUAGUGUCAUUGUGUGGCACCAAGCACUUAUGACAUAUAUCUGUCAUGUCUGUAGGCACAACAUCACACACACACACCAUUGCUGGUCUAAGUUCUUUAUAGCGCUGACUUGUCUUGGACCAGUUUUUCUGUCUUGUUGUCAGAAGCACACUUUUAUAGCCAUUUGCCGUGAAAUAAUGGAUAGACAUUAUCAUGGUUCAAAAAGGAUUCUCUCGUUUUUGAUGUACGUAGCAGCCCCGGCUGUUGAUAGAUACUGUUAUGGAUUAUUAUCAUUGGAUACAAAAUACAAUCCUACGGAUAUAUUGAGUACCAGAGUGAUUUCACUGAUGAAUGGAUACAGUGUUUUGUCAACAUGGGAUCUUGGUAUCUCCAGGGAUAUUAUGGGUUGCUAUGGUUAUAAACAUCUGUUGCUAGGGAUAAACCAUGUGCCAAUGGAUGGAUCUAAUCAUUUUCAACAGGAUAUGCUUCUGCCAUGGGUAUCUAUCAUCAUUACCAUGGAUACGUGUCAUCGUUACCAUGGAUACGUGUGCUUGUUGUUAUGGGCAAUUAUCAGCGUUUCAAUUGUAACAUGAAUAUUUUGCAUCAUCGCCAUGGGUACAUGUGGUUAUGUGCAGUCAUCAUGGAUGUCAUUGCCAUGGAAACAUAUUGUUGCCAAAUAUAUGAAUAUAUUGGAUUGUGUGUGAUGGCUUGCCUCAAGUAGACAUUUCUAAACAAUCGAACUUUCAGUUACAAUGGAUUUAUGUACCUGUAUCUAGACCUUCAUGGCAUCUUGCCAUGGAUAGGCAUAACUUGUGUUGCCAUGGUUAAUUGCUGUUUGCGGAGUUUUUGUUGCCACAGAUCGUGUGUUCCUGAAAUUAAAUAGUUACUUAGCUUGAGCACAGCUCAAACGAGCAACUUCUCUCACUGUGACCUGUGAGUUGCCAUGACAGCAUGGCAAUUAAUUGUGAUUAAACCAAUCAGGGGCCAUUUUCCAGUCAUAAAUCAUGACCAUUCCAUGGCUAUAUCACAGGGAAAGAAAUUGCUCUUUUGCGGAGCAGUUUAGAAAAUUAGUUUAUGAAAAACACUGUUUUUGAUUACAAGGCCUGAAGCAACACUGUUUGAUGUGAACAUGAAUGCAAAUUCUGUUUCUGCAAAUAUACCAUUAUAUGAACUUUUUGUGUGUGCUAUCAUAGAUACACCUAGGUAAUGAUUAUUCUUUCACAGGUGACACAUUUAGAACUAAUUGGUGAGGUAUAGCACAUUGUUGGUUAUAUUAUUCAAUGUAUAAUCUGUGUUUUCCUGGAAUGUUUUCAUAAUGUUGGGAAUCCUCAAGGAUUUAGAUGUACUGCUGAUACCCUGAUUUACAUCCCUCUUUCAACUUCAAAUCUCAGUGAAUAAGCUGUUUGAAAAGUACCAUAGGAGUAGUAGUAGGCGCAGUAGAAAAGUGCUAUGAUGUAAGACGAUUUGCUUCAAACCAUUGCUGGUCAUCACAACCAGAGAGUGUAUAUUUCUAUUUCUUUGUGUGCAGGAACUUUGUCAUUAGUGUCAGCUGGCAGUAAUUCUUGCAAUGGGGUACCGUCUACAUCAAGUUGGUCAACUAGGCAACAUCUCAACAAAGAUCAUGCUUAAAUUUUAGCAUUUCUUUGUCAUGUUUGCCAUGAGUGGCUGGCUACCAAUUGACGAGAAAUCCAAUUUCAAACAUUCAAAUUUCUUAUGAUCGUAUUUCAAUGAAACCUGAGAUUUGAAGCGUUUAUUUUGUACUUACAAACAAGCCUACGCCAUGCUGUAUAAACUUGACAUAUUGAUCAUGACAAUGUACGCUUUGUACAUGUUGUUAAUAAACUUUCCUUGUUCUUUUUUAGCCCUCUCCGCUCACUAGUUCUUGCGUUUUAUUUUUGUGUUUAGGUGUUGUGCAACGUCCAAAAGACCAUGACAUUUACUAGUUAAAUUCAAGCACCAAGAACUAAAACCCCACUUGUCACACUUUUGGUGUAUUUGAGUUACAUGUAAGACCAUUUCCUGAUCAUCAUUAUUUUGAGUUCUCAAAACUAUCAUAUCAAUGUUUGACAUGUGUGGUUUUAGUACUCAUUGCUUCAGUUGGGCAUAUGAAGGGCCCUACUUGCUGUAAUUGGAUAUCCCAACAAGAUUUCAAAAGGUUAUUUACAGGUGUUUAUGAUAACAGUCUACUUGUAUAAAAAAAGUAAUGUUUCAAGCAUGAACUAAGAUAUUGAUAAGGUUGUGUGGGAUGGUUUAGGUUACAUGAGAUAAUCAUACAUACGUACAUAUCUAAAACUCUUUGUUGAUUGUUCUCGUUGUCUGCUAUUUAUACUUCUACAAACAUAUUUUUAUAUUCAUUGUUGGGUGGUGUAUAUUUUACUUAAUUUAUUUUAGGCUUUAAAUAGUUGAUAGUGUAAUUCGGGUCCCUUGGUAACAGUUUUAACUUAGUCAUAUCUAACAAUUCUUUCCUGAAACUUUGCAGACAAAACUCAUUCAAGUCUGUCACACCAAGUGUAGUUCAUUGUUUUACCACACACCUUUUUAGGCCCUCUAUGUCGGCCUAUUAAUAUUAUCAAAGAGGCCUCAAAAUGCUUCAGGUCUUUCUGGACAUUUCCAGCACAGGAGAUUUUGGUCUCUUGAUUUCGUUAAUUAGACCCAUAAUUACUUGAGGUUUGAAGAUUUGUUUGUAAAGUGUGCUUUCUUAAAUGUUGUGAAAUCCUGCACCAAAAUGACGUAGCAGCAGUUUGGAUAUAAACUGCUUGUAGUUUGAGAGACAAUAUUGCUUUAACUUAUCAUCCGCCCUCUGAGUUUUUAUUUAGGGUGGUACAAUCAUUGCAGCUGUGCCGCUGAGAAUUAUACAAGCCAGAAACAAGUUGAACUUCUGGAACUUUAGUCAAUUGUUUUUAAACUUAACAUAGGUAAGGAAUAAGAAGGAAAGCUCUAAUACAUUUUCAGUGAUUCAGUUCCUACUAUUUUUGAACCCUCUUUCUCCCGCAUUACCACAACAUUCCUUGUUAAAUCUGUGUUAGUACUUAAAAUGUUAGCAUACAUGGACAACAACAGAGUAUCUACAUGUAUUCACCACGUUUCUGGGGUUUUGAAAAGUAAACAUGAUAUUAAGAUAGGGUCCCUAUUUCCCUGCUUGGCCAAAUAUAGUUUGCUGAAGACGUUAAACUGCCAAAAAGCAACAUUCAAGGUGUUGUCUAUUUCUUUCCACCUUUGAGCCACUGGAUUGGGAAACAGUCAGGGACAUCUAGUAUCAGAUUGUGGAACUAAAUUCUAUGGGUGUUUUCCUGACAUUACAUAAUGUUGCUAGCACUGAUACUUGGUUUAUACCUUGUAGAAUAAUGGUGAAAAUCUGGCAUUCUGUCUUGAAAUCAACCUACGUGUACUUCUAGUUUUUUUCCUGCCUGUGUUUGUUUGCAAUAUCAUUACAUGUAAUGAGUUGUCAUUGGUAGUCCUUGUAGAUUUUAGCCUGGACUGCCCGUAGCUUUUAGGUCUUUUGUGUGUACAUUUUGUAAAAAUUUCUAAGAUAAUUUAAAUAAAAGUGCAACACAUUUUAUCUGUGAA